AUAUCCGUCGGGAAAUCGGAUAGCCUGUUGCUCACAGAAUCUCUGUCGAUUGAUAGCAUAGUUUGUGUUUCAAUCAAGAUUUGAACCUCAAUCAUGUCGAACACCAUUUUGCGUCGCAUUAUUCACUCAUCGUUUGCUCCAGCAGCCAUCGGUCCAUAUAGUCAAGCUGUUCUCGUGGACAAAACAUUAUACAUCUCUGGACAAUUGGGCCUUGAUGCCCAAACUGGGUCGCUAGUUCCUGGAGGAGUUGAAGCUGAAGCAAAGAAAGCCUUAGACAACAUGGGGCACAUUUUGGAAGCAGCUGGAAUUUCCUACAAAAAUGUUGUCAAGACUACUGUUUUGCUUGCAGACAUUAAUGACUUUGGCAAAGUAAAUGAAAUAUAUCGCCAAUAUUUUACAGACAACUUUCCUGCCCGUGCUGCCUACCAGGUUGCUGCUUUACCUAGGGCUGGAAGGGUUGAAAUUGAAGCUGUUGCUGUUGUUGGGGUGAUUGAAGACAUGGCGAAACUGUGAGAAGUUUAAAGUUUGUUAGGAUCUACUAUUAUUGUUAAAAUAUUUUUGUUCACACAGAGAACUUAAAAUAGAAAAGCUCAAACAGUUUAUAA